AUGACCGCGUCCCGACGCGUCUCCGUCCCCCAGGACGUCGAAGGGCGCUUGGCUCCCUCUCGCUCUUCCCGUCUUAUUGACACCUUUCCGUCAAUCAACGGCGAGACACUCUUUGGCAUGGCGUCGUGCUCGAAGACGUUUCUGGCCACCUCUGUCGGCAUCGCUCGCGGAAAGAACUGCAUUCCACUCCCGCCUUCGGUCUCUGCAUCCAGCCGGGACACCAAAUUCCACGACCUUCUGCCUGAAGAGCUCGGACGGUCGCUGCAAGAACCCAACGGGACGUUGGACGGAUGGACGACGCGCGGGGCCACGGCAGACAUAGUUGGGCGGAUGCGUGUGUUCAGUUCGGCGUAUGAGCUGCGCGAGAAGUGGUCGUACAACGACCAGACCUUUGGCCUGACACUGCCCGCGCAGAUGCACAUGCUCUGCGCGCACCUCGUCGCGCACUACUCCGGCAUGUCAUACGCCGACUUUCUCUCCAGGCGCAUCUUUAGCCGGCUCCACAUGGACGACACGACCGUCUGGCCGUCCGUCGCCCAGCGGUCCGGCAGGCUCGCGCACUCGUGGAACAAGGACGCGACGAGCUCGUCGCCCCGUCGGACUCAUGCCCCGAAGAAUACGUCCACCGCCCCUCCGUCGCUCAGCAUCGCGCGCUACGCCGGCUUGUGCACCUCCCCCGGCUACGCACCCAUCGCACACUGCAACACCGAGUCCACCUCCGCCUACUGCAAGGACGUCCUCUCGGACUUCCUUUCGCUCGGAAAGCCGAGUUCCUUCGCGGGUGGCCUGUGCGUCGCUUUCCGGAGCGUGUGA